AUGUCUCUCGCGCUGCCAACAUACUCAAUGGGUCUCAAGUCUGCUCUCAAGUCUCCCAAGUCUCCCAAACCAACCUCAGCCAAGCGAGUCUCCUUCGACGCCUCCGCACACGAUAACGAGCCUCUGCCGUCGCCUUCUGCCUUCGACCAGCUUGCCUACCUCACCAAGGCUCCCGUUCCUUACCAGGAGGAGCCACAGGGACUCAAGCUGUCUCUUGAACAGCUCAAGCCCAUGAAGAACAAGGAUAUUUACGCCGUUCAUCAGUUUGGCCACCAGACUCUUCCUAUCCCCUACAACAUUGAAUUCUACAUGCAGUUCCUCUACUCGACGGGCACUUUCUGCUACUACCUCCCCUACGGCGAGCUGGAUCCCAACACUGAGGACCCCGAAGCUAUUGCCGCUGUGGUGGCCGGAAAGUUCUCCCACCAGCAGGCCAACUGCCAUGUGUACAUUCUGGCCGUUGCUCCCGGUCUCCAGCAGUCCGGAGUUGGAUCCGCCAUCAUGCGGGUGCUCCAGCAGACCAUUUUCGACGAACAGCUCAGCCGAUACACCGCUCACACUCAUCUCAACUUUGUGGUGGACGUGAUCGCUGACGGAGCUGAUGUCGAGUCUCCCCAGGGUUUCUACGAGAAGCUUGGAUUCCGAACCCAGGGAGCUCCUCGACAUGGAUACUAUGGAGGACAGUGGACUUCUGUUAAGAUGGUCAAGUCUAUUGACCUCUAG